GUUCCUCUCUCUCCGUCAUUCUCUCUCUCCUCCUCCUCCCCUUCUCCCUCUCCCCGCCCUUCUCUCUCUCUCUCCCCCAUCUCGCCCAGGGACGGCGGCGGCGGUCCUCCACCGUCGUCCGUACUCCAAGAUCCGCCACCCCCGCGCGGCGGUGGCCACUGAUUUCUGGAUCCGACUUCGUGUGUUUUUUUCCUCCUCCCUCUUUGAUGCUGUCCUGCCCUCUUUCUCCAAUCGAUUUGUAUAAUUUAUUUUAUUUUCUUGUCUUUUUUGAAGUUUAACCUGUGAUUCCUAGUCUUUCUUUUUGUCCACUUUUUUUUUUUCUUCCCCGACUUUAUUCUCAUCUUUUUUGCUCUUUUUUUUUUUGUUUAAAAGAAAAUAUUUAGUUUAACGUGCACCACCAGCAGCGGGUCCUCCUUGUGUCGUUUUCCAAAAACCCCCGGUUGUGGACGUUUUCUCGCUUCUCUCCAGAUAAGACUGAUUUGACGCUUUUGCCCUAAAUAUCAGGCGUACCGAAUUACCCAUUUCGCCCUUCCCCAUUUUGUCUACGUGGCAUGCGUCUGGGGUGGGAGAUGAGUUACCACCCCCGUAGGAUCUUGCCCCCUGGCGAGACGAGGAAGCGCAAGGAGAGGGAGUCAUUUUACACCGCUGCCCCUAGUGCCGUCGCCAAAACGACGACGCCGAGGCCGCUCUUCAGGCCGGCUACGGCUCCGGCUCAAGCCGCCGGCAAGGCGAAGCCGGCCGGGGAGAAAAGCGACUGCCGGCUCCUGGCCGGCUACAUGGCUCACGAGUUCCUGACGAUGGGGACGCUGUUCGGGCAGAGUCUCGAUCCGGCGCGGCUCGAGGCGGCGCCGGCCUCCGGGAAGCCGGCCGAGCCGAAGAGGGCGAAGCCGGAAGCCGAGCCGACCGGGGAAGCGAAGGAGGAGGGGCACGCGAGCUACGCUGACGUGGCGGGCAUCUUGAAGUCAGACGGGGCCCACAUCCCGGGGAUUGUCAAUCCUACGCAACUCGCACGGUGGAUUCACCAGACGUGAUGCCCUUCGGCCGACGUGGCGCGCUCUUAUUGGAUGUUUCCGUAGGAGGAUUAACAAAGAGGAGGGAAAAACCGACUUCCAAAAGGUGGUGAGUUUCUGUCCCCCCGAAACCAAGUGAAAGCACAGAGGGGCCCCCCACCCCCUCCCCCUUCUCCUCUCUCUCUCUCUCUCUCUUCAACGUAGUGUUGUAACAUGCAAGAUAUCGUACAAGGUCCGUGCUUUUGUGUCAGGUUACUUCGGAAAGGUCAGGGCUUUGGCUAUUUUCGAACGCUUUUUUCCACUGAUAUCCGUACUGUUGCAUGUCUGUUCGAUGUGAUGUAUAGAGCUUCGGGCGACGUACUGUUGUUUCUCGUCGGGCUCUCUGGAUUCCGGGAUUGUCUGCGCAUGCAAUGUCUUAGAUUCUGUCUGUGUU